AUGGACUCGGUCGCGGCGCGAGUCGAUGCGCUGUUGGCGGGGGGCGAUGGCGAUGGGCUGAGUCGUGCGCAUGUCGAGAGGGCACAAGCGCGUGUUCAUGCACAGCUUACGCGCCAUCGCGACGAGACGCGGCGCCUCCUGUCCCUGACGGCGCAUCCCCUGCCGAAUGAACAUGAGCACGAUGCGCAGGCGCUGCUCGCGGCCCUGGCUGACUUGGAAACGCAUGCGAGCCGAGCUGAGAAAAGCGUCGGUGAGAUUACCGCCGAGAUUCGGUGGCUCGAUAUGGCCAAACGGAACGUGGGCCACUCGAUCGUGACGCUGCGGCGGCUGCAGAUGCUCGUCAGCAGCACGAUGCAACUGCAGCAGCUGUGCGAGACGCAGCAGUACCGAGAUGCGGCCUCUACGCUGCAGGCCGUGGAGGCGCUGCUGUCGUUCUUUGUGCGCUUCCACAGUGUGCCGUGCAUCCUGCAGCAGCGCACGUUGACAGACUCGCUGCGUGAGAAGCUGCACAAGAUGGUCAUGAGCGAGUACGAGGCUGCGUUUCAGCGGCCACGCUGGGACGCCAGCACGUCUGCUCUGCCUGAUGCGGCUCUGGUGGUCGAUGCGCUCGGGCCCGAGGUGCGAGACAAGCUCAUGGAGUGGUACUGCACGCGACAGCUCCGGGAGUAUCGGCGCGUGUUCCGGGCGGUCGACGAGGCCGGGCAACUCGACAAUGUGCCGCGGAGGUAUGCAUGGAUCCGCCGGCUCUUGCGCACGUAUGCGGAUGAGCACGCGCCGGCGUUUUUGCCGGCAUGGCACGUCGAGCGCCGACUCCUGGUGCUGUUCUGCGAUAUUACGCACGACGAUAUGCGCAGUGUGUUGGUGCGUGAGCAGCCGCGACUGCACGUCGAUGUGCUGUUGAAUGCGCUGCACAGCACGAACGAGUUUGAAGCGUCGGUGGCGCGGCAGUUCGGCUUCCAUGCCGACCGGCCCAUCUCGUCCGCGUUUACGCCGUACCUCGGCGUCUACGUCGACGCCCAGGACCGCCAGCUCAGCGAGAUGCUGGCGCAGAUGGCCGCGAGCUCGCAGGCAGCGACGACCGACAUGUCGGCGGACGAGCCCGUGCGUGUGCUCGUCUCGUCCACCGAGCUCGUGACGCUGUACCGCCAGGCGCUCGAGCGAUGCGCCUCGCUCGGGCCGCGUGCGCCGCUCCGUGAGCUGGGCAGCGUGUACGGCAAGUGGCUCCGGCGGUACGCACACGAUGUGCUGCUCCCAUCGCUGUCUUCGCGCGACGUGUUGCAUCUGUGUACGGUGCUAAAUACGGCCGAUUACGGCGCGACGACAUGCACCCAGCUCGCCGAGCGACUCACCGAGAAGCUGCGUGCCGUGGACGCCGAGGCAGCGCCGGUGGUCCUCGACGCUGAGCGCCACGAGUUCUUCGGCGUCAUGUCGUCCGCGCUGCAGGCGCUCACACGCGCCUUGUCCACCGCGCUCGACCCGGCGUUCCAGGCGCUGCUCCGCCCCGACGUGCCGUGGUCGCAGCGCGAGCACCUGGAUGAAAAGAGCGCAUGGGUCGAUCUGCUCGCCAGCGGCCUCGAGAGCGUGGGCGUCGUGGUGCGGCACCACGUCGAGAACAAGCGGUACGUGCGCUCGUGGUGCGACAAGGCCGCGCACCUUACCAUGAUGCGCAUCACGCAGUCGAUCGUGCGGCUGCGUCCAAUUCGGCCACGCAUGGCCGAGCAGCUCCAGCGCGACGUACAGCAUGUGCAUACGCUGCUGAUCGAGUGGCCGAGUGGCGCGUCGCAGGCCGCGUACGUGCGCAUCGUCGACAAGGCCAUGAGCCGCGUCCAGCCCGUCUUGGCCAUCUUGGCGGUGCCGUCUACCGACGCUCCGGCCUUCGUAAACGCGUACCGCCAGCAUGUGGGCGAUCAGUCGCUCCCCAACUUCCAAAAGAUCCUCGAUCUGCACGGCGUGCGCCGUCUCGAGCAGCAUGCGCUGGUCGAAGCGUUCCUCGCCGCCGUCGAUCGCGCUCCGGAUACCCUCCCGACGACGUCCGCGCUCUCGUCCCUCGAGCUCGAUCCCCAUGCGGACGUGUACGCCGAGACGGGCGGCGAUCGCCCUCGCGACGAGCCGUCGGCAGCCGAUGCGCCGCCUGGACGGCCCUCGACGCCUUCCGCCGGCACCGCGUUGGGCCUGCCGGACUGGAAAAAGUUUGGCAGCAUGUUUGGCGUCGCGCUCGGUCAGCGGCGUCCAUAG